UAUUAAGGUCAAAGUGCACCGGAGAAGUACUUUUUCGGGCAAGUUUUUUCCUAAAGCAAUCAUUCAUUUCUAAAGACGAAUUGAGAGUGAAUUUGCUUGUAUAUAAACACGAUGAAGCCUGUGCUUAUGGCUGUUCUGGUUGUUGGAGCCUACGGUUGUGGGCUUCCCACCUACCCUCCUGUCCUAUCAAAGGUCUAUGGGGGUGUAGAUGCACUUCCACACAGCUGGCCCUGGCAGAUCUCCCUCCAGUACAUGCACAGUGGAAGCUGGUACCACAUGUGUGGUGGCACCCUCAUUUCCGAUGAGUGGGUUUUGAUUGCUGCUCACUGUAUUAGCAGUUCCAGGAGUUACAGAGUGUAUCUGGGAAAACAUAACCUGUAUAUGCUAGAGAGUGGAUCUAUCGCCAUCUCCCCUAGCAAGAUAAUUAUCCAUCCCGCAUGGAAUUCUAACUCUAUACGUGAUGACAUCGCCCUGAUCAAACUGCAGACUCCUGUGACCCUAAGUGGCACUAUCAGCCCCGCAUGUCUUCCACCGGAUGGGUAUAUUCUGCCCCACAAUGCCCCCUGCUAUGUCACUGGUUGGGGAUCUUUCUACAUCAAUGGACCCCCUCACGAUAUCCUGCAGCAGGCUCUGCUUCCUGUGGUGGAUCACGCCACCUGCUCUAGGUCUGACUGGUGGGGCUCGAAGGUCACACAAAACAUGGUCUGCGCUGGUGGAGAUGGUGUUGUUGCUGGAUGUACUGGUGACACUGGUGGCCCCCUAAAUUGCGCAGGUAGCAGUGGUACUUGGGAAGUCCAUGGUGUUUUAACCUAUCAAAGUUCAAUGAGCUGCCUGAUAGGCAAGAAGCCCAACAUUUUCACUCGUGUGAGCGCCUACAUUGACUGGAUCAGCAAGAGCAUUGCCGGUUAUUAAAAUGCAAGCAGAAACGGGAGUUUUCUGUCAUCCAUGUCUUACACAAUAAAAACCAGUGCUGGGGUUCAUUUGACCUACAUUCCCUUUUUUUUUAGACUGCUCAAAAUAUUGGUUAAACUGUACAUUUUUUUUACGAAGAUAUUUCAUAUUAAGGGUCAUGAAUGUUCAUGGAAAGUUUUAACACAUAAAUGUGUUUUAGAAAGGCUAUACAAAAAUUGUUACAACUUUUAUCGGAAUUGGUUUUCAUGCAAUUUGCCAAAAAAAAAGCUUGUCAAAUGCUAAAAUAUGAAACACAUAAGAAUUUCAAGACUUGUUUUAACUUCACUUUUUUUCUACUUUUACAGUUCUAAAAACACUUUUACAAAAAUCUAAGUUUAUGUGUGUGUCUGUGCAACUAAUUUUGAAAAUAAAUAUGUGAGACCAAAUUGAUCCACAACUCCACAGAAUACAUAACAUAAUUUACAAGCUACAAUAGAGUUUUUGUGUUCUAACAUGAAUUUUUUGUAUUUUUCACAAACUGAGUAGAAACCAGGUCAGUUUGGCCCCCAGCAGAGAAGUAUUAUAAAUAAAUGGUUCAAAUGCA